UGUUAUAUUUUGUUAACUGACCUAAGUGUCUAACAAUAUUUCCAAAAUGGCAACUGCUGCUUCCCCCAUGGCAAGCCAACUCAAGAGCAGCUUUGCUUCUUCUUUAACAAGAGGCAGUGGACUUGUUACUCCCAAAGGCAUUUCUGGUGUUCCUUUUAAAAUCUUUCCUUCCACAAGAAAGUCUUGCUUUACUAUCAAAGCUGUCCAAACAGACAAACCCACUUACCAAGUGAUUCAGCCCUUGAAUGGUGACCCUUUCAUUGGAAGUCUUGAAACUCCAGUGACCUCAAGCCCAUUGAUUGCUUGGUACCUAUCCAACUUACCAGCCUACCGGACCGCCGUGAACCCACUUCUCCGAGGAGUAGAAGUGGGCCUGGCCCAUGGAUUCCUGCUUGUUGGCCCAUUUGUAAAGACUGGUCCAUUAAGAAACACUGAAUAUGCAGGGGGAGCUGGUUCAUUGGCAGCAGCAGGACUUGUAGUGAUCCUUAGCAUAUGUUUGACCAUUUAUGGAAUAUCAUCAUUCAAAGAAGGAGAAGCAUCAACAGCACCAGCAUUGACAUUGACUGGGAGGAAAAAAGUGCCAGACCAAUUGCAAACAGCAGAGGGAUGGUCAAAGUUCACAGGUGGAUUCUUUUUUGGUGGAAUUUCUGGUGUCACUUGGGCUUAUUUCCUCCUUUAUGUCCUUGAUCUUCCUUACUAUGUCAAGUAGAUCUUUUAAAUCUUGCAAUUGAUGUAACUAUUCUGAAUGUUGAAUUGGAAAUGAAAGUUGUAUAUUGAACAUCUGAGCUCUUCGAGGAGUGUAAUAAAUUUUUACAUUAUCAGUAUAAUUUGACCCGUUGCAACGA